UUUAGUCUUUGUUUUCAUUAAUUAUGUUGUGUUUCCAAGAAGCUGUGCAUGUACAGUCUUCUUCUCUAUAUUAUGCACGAAAAUCCCUCAAUAAAAUCAUCAAACUCUUUUCUAAAAACCCUAAGAAUUCUCUCUGAAUCUUGUUUGAUCAAAUUUUGUUUAGUGUAUUCGGAUUUCUCCUUACAUUACAAGCAAAUCUAAUAGUCUGAGAGCCAUUUCCGCAUCUCUUAGAAGUAUCAACUCAAUCCACUGCUUAUUUCACCAUCACAAUCAUUGGAGAACAUUCAGGGACGUGAUCAUCUCACCUAGAAUCACUUCAAGUGGUAUCAGAGCAGAUCUCCAUCAUCAGGAACCAUGGGAGAAGAAAGAAAUCAGAACAAUGGAAUCGAUCAACUGUUACUUGAAGCUAUGACUGCCAGAAUGGAGAAAAUGAUGGACUCCAGAAUUGAUUCAUUUCGCCAGGAGUUACAUCAAGCCAGGAAUCACAGGCAGAGAAGAACAAGAAAAGAAGAAACUUGUUUCAGGCAGAACAGCUAUGUUAUUAAAAAUGAAAGUCCACAAUAGAGAAGGUAUGAACGAGACAAGUGGAGUACUGAACGAAACAAGCAGCCUGAGGCAAAGCCAUCCUCUUCAAACUCAGUUCAGAAACAACAGGACAGCAUGAGAUCACGUACAUCCAGUGAUAUCGGUUCAUCAAGCAACACAUCAUCCUGUUUCAGUGAGGAUAACAUAAGGAAAGAAAUUUUUCAAGAAUUUAAGGAUGUAGAGGAGCAACUCAGAAAGACCAGAGCAACAUGUCCAUCCUUAGAAGAACAGAACCAAGAACCGGAAUCAGCAUCACAAAUUCAAGAAGAUCAAACCGAGAUUCCAACAAUCACCAGCCAAAAAGAUGAUCAACCAAUGAUGGACGACCUGGUUCUUGUUAGACAGGAUAUGAUAGAAAAGGAGGCACCAAAGGAACUCCAAACAGAUACUGGAAUGGAGCAUCUAUUUGUCUUUGAUCCAUAUGGUUUCCAAAAGACCUUUUUUGGUACUUUUCUAAUCAGUCCUUUUGUUUGGAACAAGACCAGAGCAAUGGAGAUUGCAAGACACGAAUUGGGCUUGGAACAUGUUGUAUUUGAGGCUGGAGGAGAGUUGUGGAGUCACAGGAACAAGAUCAAAAUGAUUGAGAAGGAAUCAGCUGCAGCAACUUUUGAUUGUUUAUUUCUCGCCCUCUGAAGAUAAGAUUUUGCACGUCUCAGCUCAGCAAGAGUUUCACUAUGAAACCAAUUGGAAAAUCUUACCAACUCUGUCAUGGAUCCAACAAACCAGACAACGCAGAAAAUGGCCUCCUGAUCAUCAAGUUAUUGCUAAUUUCGCAAAACAUGUCGGUUUGGAUCAUUUCCAAGAAAAGUGUAUAUCUGAUUGGAUUGGAAGGAUACAGACCUACUUGUGGAGACCUGGAGCAUAUUUCAGCAUAAUUAUCAGCCUUGGUGAACACUCUGCUCGUGACAGAAUCAUCUUGGGUCAUAAGGAGUUGGAAGAUAGUCCUCUCGACCAAAUCAAGCUAUGGAAGCCACCAGAUUUGCAACAGUUUCAGUACCAUUGCAGAGAUUAUCAAACAAGGAGUGGGGAUGGAGAAUUCACUAGAGGAAAUGGUGAAGUGAUUACUGGAGCAGGAGAAGAACUCAUGUUUUCUUCUCAAAUCAAGGAGAAACCACCCUAUAAACUCAGUCUACAACAAACUCCAAAACAACCAACCAGGGGUAAUUAUCUAGACUCAAAGAAACGCAUGAAACCUGAUUUGCUAGCUGUUGUCACAGGACAGACUGUUUUGAGGUCUACACUUUUUGAAAAGAAGGAAUCAAGCUAUGAGCAAACUUGUCCCACAUUCUUAGUCCUUCCUACAUCCACAAGGAAUCAAUUUGAGGCUAAAACCAAUUCAAGGUUGCAAAUUACUGAUUCUACAACUCAGGUAAACCUACACUUGCUUUAUUCUGAACGGUUUGAGUUUAAAACACCUCAAUCCUAUAUAUGGCGACCAGGUGAGAAUGCUAAGGUAAGUAAUCAUGUUUUCAAGAAUUCUUUAAUCAUUGAAUACACAGAUAUAAUGCACUUGUUUUUGUUAAAAGAACAAAGUAUAGAUUUCAGGAAAGCCUUGAAGCAUAAAAGAAGAAGUUGCAAGCAAGAGGAGGACAAGUGGUUCAAACCACCUGAUUUGAACCAGGAUAAGCACCAAUACGUCACUUGCUUCAUCCUCAUCAAAGAAGCACCUCCAGAUGCAACAAACAGGCCAAAACCAAUCAAAAACAGAUUUGGACAAUUUCUAUUACUCUAUGAUGAUUGUUCAUGUGCUAACAUGUUAUAUGUUGAUGUGCAUGCACCAGAAAUGAGGAAUUCAUCAGGAGAAAGGAUAACCAAAUGGAUCAGCAACCAUGCCUUUCAACAAGGCCUCCAAGGUAAGUAUAAUGUGAGUUCAAGCUUCAAUGAUACUGAUUUAGUUCCUUAUUGUGCAGAAGAAACGGAUUUGAGGUCAAAUCCUUCUCAAGUGGGAGAGGAUGAUGUGAUCUUGGCCAGCAAUGGAACUGAAGAGAUGGAUCAGCUUGAACCAGAGCUUAAGGAAGUUGAAGAAAGAACCAAGGAACUGCUUGAAGCUGAGGGAACAAAUGAUAAGGACCUAGAAGUGCCAAUUGGUCCAAUGACUAGGUCAAAACAAGCAAGAUUUCGACAAGCUCUUCAUCAACUCUCACACACUAUCCAGGGCAAUCUAGAGUGUGCUAAUCCAACCACACUGGUUGUGAUUCAAGCUUCUUAGAUCUUUCAUCAAGAGAGGUGUUGUGACUUGCACACUUUUCCUUGGUUUGGUUUUGUCUCAUUGGGUUUUCCAAACAAGGUUUUUAAUGAGGCUUGGACACAACACUUAUACAAAAGCCUCUUGAUGAAUCCAUGCCCAUUUCUCUUCUAAUUUUCGUCCAGAAAUAUCCUAGGAACCUUUUCUCUUUUAAAUUUGAACUUUAGUCUUUGUUUUCAUUAAUUAUGUUGUGUUUCCAAGAAGUUGUGCAUGUACAGUCUUCUUCUCUAUAUUAUGCACGAAAAUCCCACAAUAAAAUCAUCAAACUCUUUUCUAAAAACCCUAAGAAUUCUCUCUGGAUCUUGUUUGAUCAAAGCUUGUUUAGUGUAUUCGAAUUUCUCCUUACAUUACAAGCAAAUCUGAAAGUCUGAGAGCCAUUUCCGCAUCUCUUA